AAUGCAUAAAUUUGACAAGAGAUCGGAAGCAUAACCAAACUUUUUCGUUAGGUUUACAGGUUCGGUGGGAACAAGAAUUUUCCAGACAAGACGGUUGAUUCUGCAAUAAUAGAAUAGUAUUCUCGUUGCAAUAGAUACUAGAUAAAAGAAAAUGGAUUCCAAAAAACAAAUUUUAGUAAAUAGUAUUAUAAAUUUCUUGCGAAAUGAAUUAACCGGAACUAGUUUGACUGACGAAAAAAAAGAGUCGUUGGAAGUGGCUGUGCAAUGCUUAGAAACAACAUUUGAAGUAGAAGAAGACCAAGAGGGCGUUGAAACAGUUGACCUUUUAUCACUGAUACAAGUUAAGCAAAAAGUUGAAGUGACUGCAGAAAAAACUGCAAAAGCAGAAGAGCAUAAAACCAAAGGCAAUGAUUUCAUGAAAAGCUGUAAAUAUCAAGAGGCAGUAGACGAAUACUCAAAGGCUAUUGAAUUAAACCCGUAUAAUGCUGUCUACUAUUGCAAUCGAGCCGCAGCAUAUACGAGACUGAUGAAAGAUCUUGAUGCAAUCAAUGACUGCAAUGAAGCCAUCAAACUAGAUCCAAGCUACGGGAAAGCUUAUGGAAGAUUGGGAAUAGCGUAUUCUAACUUAAACAAAUACGAUCUUGCUUAUCAGGCUUACGAAACUGCUCUGAAAUAUGACCCAACUAACGCAAUGUACGAAACUAAUCUUAAAGUUGCACAAGAACGACUUGGCGCUAGCACAGGUGCAACAGCCUCAGGAGCUAAUGCUGGACCGAUUCCAGCAGAUCUGUCUGACUUUAUAAACAAUCCUAAUAUUAUUAACAUGGCUACACAGGUCCUGAGUGACCAGAACUUCCAUAGCAUGAUGUCCGCUUUAAUAAACAACGUGUCCCUGAACAAUGAAGGAAUGCCCGGGGCAAUAGAAACCAUGAUGCAAGCUGGUCAAGCGCUUGCUCAAAGGGUCGUAAACGAAGAUCCGGAUUUCUACAACAGAGUGGCCAGAAACGCUCAAGGCGGAAAUCCUGACGGCGCAGAUCCUCCAAAUCCGAAUUCAGAACCUAAAGGACCAGAGCCUGACAAGAAGGACGAAGGAUCUGCAUGAAAGAGACUAAAACGAUAGGUAUAAGUUUGACUGUUAUUUCAAAACAUUAUUUUUGGGCUCUUAAAACAAUAUUUCGGAAUGUAGGCAUCAAAUAAACGUCCAAAAUAUACAGCAAUGAAACACUUGAUUUAAUGCAGUAAUGAUAAAUUUCCAAUUUGGUUUUAAUGUUACAACGAUUUUAAGUAUUUACUAGUUACUUACUAGAGGGUUUAAAUAUUCCACUUGCAACAACAGGCGUAGAGACCAAAAUGUCUGUUUUUAAUGUUAAGGUUUUACUUAACAGUAAGGUAGUGUAAAGUUGUAAUUUGGAAAAAGUGACAGUUUGUUUGAAGAGCGAAACAAUAAUAUUUGUCUUGUAGAGAAAUACAGUCUAUUUUUUUGCUUUUGAUGUAAGUUUAUUUAAAUAUUUCUUAGGAUUAGGUGUUUUUAAACAUAUAGACAUUUUCCCGACGGAAAGUGUUUAAAUGAUUAGAAGAGGCAUUAGAUAUUAGUCGUUCGUUAUUACAUUUCGUGAGUUUUUUAUAACAAAUAACAAUAAAGAUUGAUACGUAAAUUCGUGAAAUAAAGUAGAAUUUUAGAUGAUAAAAAUUACUCAUAAGUAUUCGUUUUGAUUAUCUCACUUAGUGAGAGUUGUAUGUAUAUUGGAAAAUUUGUAUAAAACGCUAGUUGUUCAAAUAAAGAUAUGUUUAACAGUCA